AUGUCUCCUUCUUUCAAAACAUUGAGUAAUACCGAAUCAAUUGAACGUAAAAUCCUUGAUAAUUUAUUAAAUUAUGGUAUUAUUUCAAAACAAGAAUUUAGUGAUGAUGCUGAUAUAAUAAAAAAAAGAGUUGAUUAUAUGAAGUCAUGUUUAAGAUCGCCUGAUAGAGCAGCAAAUGAUUCUCUUUUUUUCAUUGUAAUUCCUAGGUUGUCAACUGGAGAAGAUAUAGACAUUCGAAACGUUAUAUCAGAACAACUUUUUAUGAUUGAUCAUUAUUUACAUGAUCGUAUGACUCAAACACUUGUAAAACAAUUGCCAACAUCUAAUGUAAUAUUUAAAAAUGGUAAAUACAUGCCAUUGAAAAUUUUAAAUCUAGUGGAUGAAAAUAAUUUUACAAAUGUCAAUUAUAGUUUGAUCAAAGAAAAAUUUGUCAAAGGGAAUAAGGAAAUAGGUCUUGCAUUGUCAGAUGAUGAGAUGGAUUAUCUUAUUGAUGCUUUUAUUGGCACUGGCAAAAAGAAUAAUGAUAACAUAACAUCAACAUCAUGUUUAUUUAGGAAUCCUACAGAAGCGGAACUUUUUAUGUUUGCACAG